AUAUUCAAUGAGAGGGCUCAUUGUUGUUGACAGGUAACGGAAGCGGAAAGCCUGAGGAAGAGCCUCUCCUCACGCCUCUCCAUCUCUACAGUCCGAGGGCAUUACUACUGUAUCUCUGAUGUAAAGAGAAGGCAUUGUAAUAAAGAGAAGCACAUGGAGUGAACAGGCUGUAAAAGGAAGAAUUGCAGCUAAAGCUUUUCACAGUCAAAGCUACCAUAAGACCUUUCUUAAAAGCUCGUUGUAGACAACACAUCUGGCACCAUGACUCAGUCAAUGCUACGCAGAACACUGAAGAACCUUGUUCAGAACUUCUCUGAAGCUGAGGUCAAGGUGAGGGAGGCAACCUCCAAUGACCCAUGGGGGCCAUCCAGCUCACAAAUGUCUGAUAUCUCAGACCUAACAUACAAUGUGGUGGCAUGCAACGAGAUCAUGGCCAUGUUGUGGAAGCGGCUUAAUGAUGACAAGAACUGGAGGCACGUCUACAAGUCUUUAACCUUGCUGGAGUAUCUGCUGAAAACUGGUUCUGACCGUAUUCCUAAGCAGAGUCAAGAAAAUAUUCAUGUUGUCAAACCUCUAGUAGAGUAUCGCUUCAUUGAUAAGGAUGGGAAAGACCAGGGAGUGAACGUCAGGGAGAAAGCCAAGAUCGUGAUGAUGCUAAUUGAGGAUGAGGAAAAACGGAAAGAGGAACGGGAGUUUGCUAUGAAGACUAAGGACAAGCUAGCGAAUGCUGCUGUUGACCCAAAUGAAAAAGCAAAGGCUGAGAUUCCUCCGUAUACAGGGCUGCCAUCUCUGGACAACAUCCCCUCUGUGGCUGAUCUAACUGCCAGCAUGGCAAAGAAGAAGGAGGAGCAGAGAAAACUGGAGGAGAAGAGAAGAGAAGAAGAGAGGAGGGCAAAAGAAGGUGAUCCUGACCUGUGGGAACAGGCAGCCACCUCUGCCCCUCCAUCAGGCUCUGAUCCAUGGGGAGCUCCAUCUGAUGCUCUGAAGGAUACAGGCCCUGCCUCCAACGACCCCUGGGGGGCUUCAACAGAGUCCAACAACAAAGAAGAUUCAAAUUUGGCAUCCAGUGAUCCCUGGGGCAGGUCAGCGGAUGGAGCAAAGGACUCCGACGUUGCCUCCAGUGAUCCUUGGGGCGGGUCAGCCGAUGGAGCAAAAGACUCAAGUGUCGCCUCCAAUGAUCCUUGGGGUGGUUCUGCAGAUACUGGAAAACAGUCACCUCCUACCAAUAACGAUCCUUGGGGUGACACUACAAGUCCCAAAGAGGACAAAAGUCCACCUACUAAUGACCCCUGGGGUUCAUCCAAUAACUUUGCAGCAGAUACACAACCAGCAAAUUCAGACCCCUGGGGUUCACCAUCAGAUUUUGCAGAAGGAUCGGCUCCAGCAUCCUCUGCGCCAUCGGGAACAUCGUCAGAAACAACUGGAGCCAAACCAGACCCAUGGGGAAGUGAUCUCGGAACCUCAGCAGUUUCACCCACUGAUCCGUUCGGCAAUGGAACUAAAGCUGCUAACGACCCUUGGGGUGCAACAGAUUCACCACUCCCUGCUAAUGAUCCUUGGGGUGCUCCAGCAGCUCCUGCUGUUAGCAGUGCAGCAGACCCCUUUGGUGAUGGAGGAAGUUUAGAUGCCUGGGGAACUCCUGCAAAUAGUGCUGCCUCAGCUGAGGACUCCAAAAGGCCAGCUAGUUUCCUGGAGGGAGCGGGAGCCUCACUGGUGGACCUCGACUCGCUCAUGUCCGUCAAGCCCAAACCAAAACAGCCUCCGCUUAAAUCCAUUCCAUCCUCUGGCCAGAAAGAAAACUGAUCCAGAGAGAGUGACUGAGAAAAUGAGAGAGAAUUAGAUAUCAGAUUAUGCGUUUAUGUAUGAGUGUCUGUGAUCAUGAAGCAUAGAGGUUAUAUGUAUUGUUAAUGAAUAGAUGUAGUCAUUUUAGAUUUUGACCUUGUGUUUUUUGUUUCCUGUGAAGAUGUAGAUAGGGCUGGGUGAUAAUAAUUGCUUCCUAAAUGACACUGGUCAAAUUGUAUGGGUGCAAUCAAACACUGAAAUGUAUGACAAAUAUUUAUUUAUUUAUUCAUUCAUUUAUUCACAUGUACAUACAGACAAAUAUGUAUGUGUAUAUAAGUUAACACUGGUAGCAUAACCUACUGAAAUUGUAAGGUAAAUCAGUGGCUUAACAACCAUUUGGUAUUCUUUAAGGCAGGGGUCUCAAUCUCACCAGCUAGGCUGUAUCCUCAUAGUGAGGCUAAAGCUAUCAAACUUGCUUGGGUGAGUCGUUUGAAAGUAACUUAAAUCUCUCUUUGAAAUAAUCUUCUUCACUAUGAAACUGACUUUACUGUGUACAAACAACAUCGCAAAGAUCCUGGACUAUUGGAAAUAAUGUGUAUUAUAAUAGUAGUUUUUAGUCACCUCAGAUUAGUAAUUUAUGCACUGAACUCUCAUAUUUUGGUGUAUAUCAAAGACAUGGGUUUUAUAUAAACUUGCCUUUUCAGGGUAGAGGAUGUGAGCAGGCUGAAGCUUAUAAAUAUUUCAGAAACGGUCCCUUAUUUAAAAGCCUUCCACAUUGAAAUGAUGAGCUUUUUCACAACUUACCAACUGAUCAAAGCUAAUCAGCUCCUCUCUCUCCUCUACCUAACAUUCUAGGGUUUCAUGUGACAUGAUCGUAUAAUAUAGCCACCAUUUCCAGGGCUGAAUCAGGGACUGGCUAGCGUGCUGUGCACAGUCCUAAAUGGAAAGCUUAGCUAAGCUUUGUGAGUUCUCCGUUGAUGGAAUUGCAUUAAUUGUUAGCUGGGUAGCUAAGCUAACGAAAUACACAUAUGACAAGACGUUUUUUAUUAAAAAGCUGAUAUGCUGUUAAGUUUCUCUAAUAUAACUGCUAAUAUAAUUUCUCUACUGUUGGAAUGGGCAGCAUUGUGUUAGCUAGGGAGUUCUGUUGACUUGUGUUCCCUUGACAGUAAGCUUAGAUAUCAAUAAGCUUAAAAGGGAAAAAACAAUUAUCACAUGAAAACUUUAAAUGAUGUGAUUUUGUGCAAGCACAGAGCCGCUAAGCAGCACAUAGAACACCCCAGCUAAUCUAAGCUAACUAAGCUAAGCUGGCUAAUAUGUGGGUGUUGUUGUUUUUUUUCUAAAGUAAGUUGGCUCAUUAUAUGGCAGACACAACAACAAAAAAUAUGUGACUAAAACCUUAGAAUACUAAGCUACAUAUUUGUGUUACAGAAUUUGAGAUGUUUCUGCUGUGAUUAAUGAGCAAGCACACCUGCGCAUAGCAUAAGAUGUGCUAACAGCUGGCUGGGUCUAGCCAACCUGUUCCCCAGCUAAUAAAAAUCACUAGGUAAUUGGAAAAAAAUAGAAACAAAUCCUAUCAUAAAUAAAGAUAAAAAAGACAAAAAAGGAAGAAAAGGAUUUAGACUUCGGAUAAUGUAUAAAUACUAACUUGUGUGUUGAUUUUAAGCAGAGAUUUAAAGAGUUUAAAGUACCAGAGACACAGACUUGAGGAAAAAUGCUCCAUCAAAAAGUGACUUAAGUAGAGGUUGAACUGUUCCUUGAGCACCACACUAAAGUGAAAGUAGGUGAAAAAAUAAUUAUAUAGUAGAUACAGAAUACAGCAUUGUAGUACUUAGUACAGUACUUAGUACAGUGGUUUAGUAGUUCUAAUUUGGUAAUGUGCAUCUCUGGAGCCUUGUUUUUUAACGUGUGAGGGGCUGUAUGAAGCUGCCCAUGGGAUGGAAGUUUGAGACCCCUGCUUUAAGCCCUUAUUUGAUUAAUUUUAACAGCAAAUACAGACCAAGGAAGGUGAACAGUCAAAUAGGGCCAAAGUCUGGCUGCAAUUUUUUUUACAGUAACAGGCAAACAAGUGACCCUAAUGAGUCUGGGAAAAUGUGAUUGUUCAAUUAUUUAAAAUCUCAUUUAACUCGUCCAAAAAUAUAAAUUUGAUUUCACAUACACUAUAUUUGAAUUUAAGAUUUUUAAUUAAUUUUAAUUUCAAAACUCCAAAACUGACAUCAACAAGAUCACAUAGUGUAAGUGCUGCUUAGUAUUUGAUCCAGGAUUAUCUAUUGCUUUCUAAUACAGGUUCACAUCAAUAUCGAUACACCAUUUUGAUUUUAAAUACUGUGGUCAUACCAAGUUUGCUGCCAUUUGCGAUUCAUUAUUUUUCAACUCUGAAAUUGAAUACAGAAAAGGGUAGAAUAUCAUUUGUUUCUUUUUGACAUGGUUUCUUUUGAUCAGAGGACAAAAAACAAAAAAGAGGUACUGGGACCACUUAUUUUCUUCUUUAUUGUCAGGACUUCAGGGUACAGAGAUUACAUUAAUGGUCCAUAAGGCUAGGUUGUAUACAGAGCCCAUUUCAAAGGACAUCUCUUUUUGUGCAGUGAACAUAUUAAAGUAUUGAAGUAUUGUUUUAAUAUUGAUUCUGAAACAAAAUAUAAUAAAAACCCAGCCCUAGGUGUAACAUUCCUAACCUAAUAUUACCUGCUGUAAUCCCUCCAUUUUCUUUUUUUUUCCCCUCUUGUGCUUUCUUUUUGAUUCAGAGAUAUUUCACUACUCUAUAAGCUUAGGUCCGAAACCAUCUGCAGUAGAAAAAGCACUCUCUAGUUUAACUUCUUGUUAAACUUUUUUUUCAAUGACUAACCCCAGCAUGCAAACUUAAUAGCACAAGAAAAGACCACAAGAAACUCUCAGUUCUAAAUGUCUACACUCUUUUUAAAAAAAUACAUCAAAAAGUAUUUCAAUAAAAAAAAAAAAAUUGGUAUAGAGAUUAAUAACCUCUGAAAAAAGGUUAUUCAUAUUCCCUUAUCUUAUAUUCUCUUAAGUUUUUAAUAACAAUCCACUUAAAGAAUCACUAGGAAAGUAAGUAUGGUUCUUGAGUUUCAGUAUUGGAACACUGGUGUUCAGAAGAUGUUGGUCUUGAGUUUUGUUUUAUGCUCUAUAGUACUUGUAUGGCUCUACAACCCAGUGCAAUGGAACUUAACCUCCACAUUCAACCAAUCCAUGGCAGUGAACACAUAUUACUGCUGUUCCUUCACUCCCAUAAGGAAGUGACCUUAUGGUCCUAAGGCCACAGUUAUUGUGUCUCGAUCUCUUGCAGGAUGCUUAGGGGCACCUAUGUGGCAGACUUUCUCAUUGCAUUUUGCCAGAAAGAUGAUCCUCCACUGGGAGUGUCAGAUACUGCUCUGGAGGCUUCAGAGCUGCCUUUAAUCAGCAUCCUUAACUGAAACGCAACUUCAGAGCAGAGACACCUCAGGUUUGUUUUUGAGUUAUAUAUUUAAGUUAUAUAUUUCCCUUCUCUGUUACGUAUGCCCUCUUUGAGCCCAUGUUGUGUGUGUGUGUGUAUAUGAGUGUGAAAAUCCAUAAGAACAAUAUGCUGUAUUUUGCUGUAUAUCUUUCUUGUUUUUCGGGGACAAAAGUAUAAAUAUCCUGAACUAAUCCCAGGAAGUUGGACUAAGGUUUUUUUUUUGUUUUUUUUUGCUGUAAUGUAAUCUUGUAUCCUGUUAUGGCAUUCAUCAGAUGUUUUGUAUAGUAACUUAUUUGAGCAGUACAUAUUUAUGAAAUAAAAAGGUAUAUGAAUAUUAUGUGAAGAAUAAAUAACACAGGUGAACUGUACAUUUAAA